AUGUGGGAGUUCAGGUCCAUGUCUUUCUGGCGGGCGGUGUUUGCCGAGUUCUAUGGCACCAUGUUCUUUGUUUUCUUUGGGCUGGGGGCAGCCCUCCGCUGGACCACUGGGCCCCAUAAUGUCCUCCAUGUUGCCUUUUGCUUUGGGCUGGCGGCUGCCACCCUCAUCCAGUCCAUCGGCCACAUCAGUGGAGGACACAUCAACCCAGCUGUUACUUUCGCCUACCUGAUUGGCUCCCAGAUGUCCCUGUUCCGUGCUUUCUUCUACAUCAUGGCCCAGUGUCUCGGAGCGCUGGCCGGUGCUGCCGUGCUCUACGGGGUCACACCCAGCAACAUGAGGGGAAACCUAGCACUCAACACGCUGCAGCCAGGCAUCAGCCUGGGCAUGGCCACCACCAUGGAGGUCUUCCUCACCCUGCAGCUUGUCGUCUGCAUCUUUGCUGUGACCGAUGAGAGGCGCAACGGACGCCUGGGCUCUGCUGCCCUGGCCAUCGGCUUCUCUGUGCUCAUGGGGCAUCUUCUCGGGAUGUACUACACUGGAGCAGGCAUGAACCCAGCCAGGUCCUUCGCCCCUGCUGUCCUGGUCAGGAAUUUUGUCAACCACUGGGUGUACUGGGUGGGACCCAUGAUUGGUGGUGCCAUGGGCGCUCUGCUCUAUGACUUCAUGCUGUUCCCUCGCAUGCGCGGCCUCUCCGAGAGGCUCGCCACGCUGAAGGGCACCCGGCCCCCAGAGGCUGAGGGCCAGCAGGAGACCAGGGGAGAGCCCAUCGAGCUCAAGACACAGGCCCUAUAA